UUUGUGGGCAGAGCUAGAAGAGGAGCUUUGAUCGUACUUGGAAAGACUUCCGCCUAUACCCUGAAAUCUUGUCAUCAACUUGUUUUGAUUUUUAGACACAGUCUUUUACACAGGUAAAAGUAUUGAUGCCCAUUAUUUUUUUUAUUUAGCGCCAUAGUUUGAAUGCAACAUCUAGUAGGCCUAAGUAUUUGGAGAUUUUUGGCCCAUUGUUUUCUGCAGAGAAGAGGGGUGAAGUGGCCUUAUUGACAAACCAUGGAUCCGCUGGACUUCCUUGAGUCGGACGAACUCCUGCGGUUCUUCCGCCGCCAUAAAACAGAAAUGUCCUGCAUGGAGGACCCGCACAUCUUUCUCUGCCAGCUCAAGGACCACGACCUGAUCGCAGACGACGCAUACAAGAAGGUGAGUCGCAUGAGGAGUAAAAAGAACAUUACGAAAGGCCUUUAUGACAUUCUGGACUUGUUGGAGAGAAAUCGAUCAAGCCACAUCAAAGUGUUCUGGAGCUGUGUCUUCAAAGAGCCCAUCUUGAACCAUUACCCCACCCUGCGAAUGCUGCGCAACAGCCUCAUGGACGGGUCUUUUCAUUUUGACAUACAACUGCCCGAGAAGGGGGAAAGUGAAGAGACAGACGAAGGGGAAAGGAAGGAGCUUUCAGAAGAUGAGGAGGGUGAAGAGAAGAAAGCAAACUCAGUAAAAAAGAAGAGAAAACUUAGAAGUAGUUCCGUGUGCUAUGAAGACGAGCAGGCCGGGCCUUCGUCUCAGUUGACUCCAGGUCAGAGGAAGAAGUCCAAGAGAAUACGCUUCUCUUCUCCCCUGAAGAAGGGAGAGAAGAACGCCAUUUGGAACUGGCCCCUGUAUAAGUUACAGCUGCCUGUGACCUGUGGACUCCAGGAGGGAAUACUGGACAGAAACAGACUGGCUAAAGGGCAGAAGUGCAUUGUGGUCAAGAGACAGUGGUUUACUCCAAAUGAAUUUGAGAAGUUGGCAGGGAAGGAGAGCUACAAGAACUGGAAGAUGAGCAUUCGGUGUAUGAACACCCCACUGGGAAAACUUAUAAAGGAAGGUCACCUGGAAUCAGUGAAGUACAAGGGAGGGUGUAAAAAGGCCAAGAAAUCACUGUUCCCAGCUGAUCGUUUAAUCACAGUGUCUGAGGGAGAGGAAGAUGAAGAUGAGGAGUGUGACCUGGACAAGGAAGACCAGGUUUCGUUAAGCAGCAGGGAAAGUUCGGCACAUGUCACAGAUGAGGAAGGAGAGGCGGAGGCACAGACUGAGGAGCAGCCAGAAGCCAGCCAUGACAGUAGCAAGAAGGUUUUCAAAGUUACAUGUGGAGCUGUAGCUGGGACCUUACACAAAAAACGAUUUGCCUCAGGGACUUGUGGGAAGAGUAUUCGUACUGAGACGAGCUGGAUGAGUCCAGUGGAGUUCACGAAGGAGGCGUCCUGUCAGACAGAUGCCACCUGGAGGAAAGACAUCAAGUGGGAAGGGAAACCACUCUGUGUCCUCAUAGAGGAGAAUCAGAAAAACGAUGACGAGUGCUGCAUCUGUAAAAGUGAAGAAGAAGAAGAAGUGCUGGUGGUGUGUGAUCAGUGCCCUCGCUCCUUCCACCAGAAAUGUCACCUGCCUCAUUUAGAAGACGACAUAAUAGGGGACGAUACACCAUGGAUGUGUACUUUCUGUGUAUUCAAAACCAAUCAAGAUUGCUAUUACUGGGAUGAGCUGGAAUGGGAAGCUGCCAUGUCUUGCCAAAUAUCACAACACAUGCUGGAAUGCCAGUAUCUCCUUCUGUGUCUGUGGAGUGCUGAUGAGGAGCAAACAUUUGCCAGAAACCCAAGCCUCUAUUUGAGAGACUACUCCACUGUGAUCAAGACUCCGAUGUGGCUGGGCAAUGUGGCAGACAAACUCCAGGAGCAGCUCUACAAGACUGUUGGAGAGUUUGUGUCCGAUGUCCAGCUCAUCUUCACCAACUGUGCUUCAUACAACCGGGAUAAUGCUGAAUUCUUGGCCAUGGGCAACAGACUGAAGGAGUUCUUCGAUGGAGAAUUAAAGAAAGUGUUACACAUCUGUUAAAAGACUUGACCGGUAAACAGUGUUCAGUUUUCAAACUCGGUAGCCACUGGGGAAGGUUAAUAUAUUGUUAUUGGGAAUUACAGCCUUGUGGUAUAUCAUAUUUUGUGACAUAUCCCUUGUGUCUAGUUAAAACAUCCCAAAAGAAAUAAUUGCUAAUCAAGAGAAAGCAAGGGACUUUGACUUGAAAUAAGUCAGACAUGUAACCAGUUUGAUUUCUGUACUGUUUGCACCACAAAAUUUAAUUUGGAAAAUUAAGACGUUUUAACAUAUAGAGGACACACUCAAUAAAAACUUGUUUAUGGGUCUUGGGGAGAACUACUGCAUAUGUUCGAGCCUUUUGUUACUCCAGAGGGAGCUGCAUGAAAUCUGAUAAAUUGCCUCAAUUUUAUUUUACUACAAUGAAUUCAUGAAAUCAAUUUCCAUUUUUUGUUUUGUUUACUCACAAACGGUACAGUACAAACUACUAAAAACAACCCAUGGAUCUGUGUUUCUCUUCAGUAUAAGAGUUUGUACAAUGGAGCAAAAGUAUUUUAUAUGAAUUAUAAUAUUUAAUUUUUUUAUUAGUAAAACAUAAUUUCCUGUAUGUUGGUCCCAAAAUGUAUUUUAUUGCCAUAUGUUUAUCUGAUGUUUCACCACGUGUUUCAGGAAGGUUUCAAAAUGUAUAUAUAAUAAAUGUAUGUAUAUAAAAGUUCAAA